CUGGGGCAGACGAGCUCCAGAGCGAGAAGUCCGGAGGUCCUGGUGUCCGAGAGUCAUGGAGCCUGCAGCGUCCCUAGCCACAGCUGCAGAAGAGGCGACCAGCCUGGACUACCUGCUCUGGUUGCUGCACUGGACUGGUGCCAUCUGUCACCCCAGGGCCGGCCCGUGGUCCUGUCGCAUCUCCUACGUGCUCAGAGUUCUCGGAGUGGCUGCUGUUUCUUAUACCAACACUUGCGACGCAAUUGCAAUGUACCGUGAAGGCACAAGCGAUUUCGAUCGUUUCACUCUAACAGUGAGCGUGUUUGAAACGGGCAGCACGUGCGUCUACCGCCGCUGCCACAUCGCCUGGCGCGAGCGUGACUUUCAGAAACUUGCUCAACAGGUGCGGGAGGACUUCGGAGAGUUCAUGACUCCUAGCGACAUCCCUGUUCUGCGAGACCUCGCUGCUUCACUACGGCGCUUCGUGACAAUCUACAUAAUACUGGGUGCAGUGGACACUCUUGCGUGGCUCACGUACCCUACGAGGGGCGAAGGACUUCCUCUGAUAAUCAUACUGCCCUUCCAGACGGACCAUUCGUUUGGCUGGCUCGCCGGUUGGCUCAUUUGCGCCUACAUCUCAGCGGAUGCUGUGGUGUUCAAUGCUAUGAUCGACUGUUUAAAUAUCUGCGUUAUGGAACAACUCCGUAUGCAACUUAUUCUUUUAAGAAAGCACAUUGACGAAUUGGGCAACGAAAGCGAAGGCACUAAAUACUCGCCAUCACAAGAGGAUUCCAAGAGGAUUCUACUACUCGGGGACUAUUUAUCCAUACAUCAUGACAGUUGUAAACUACAGAAGAGCAUUUACCAACAACAAGAUACAGAUGCCUUGUUUCUAAAGGAGGGAACCGAAGGAAGUGGGCUGUCAUCUGAACACCCGAAUUCUAACGAUAUUCAUAGCCGAUUGCGCGGUAUUAUUCUUCACCAUCAAGCUGUCAUCAGGAACGUUGUGACACUGCAGGACUGCAUCGGCAACAUGCUACUGAUUCAGAGUGCCUCCCUCGGUUCUAUUCUCUGCAUUGUGUUGGUCCAGAUAGCUCUGAGCGCACAAGGAGCACGAGAAACUGGAAAAUUGUGCGGCUACAUGUUUGCAAUAUUUGGGGAGCUCUUGCUCUACUGUUGGUUCGGAGACAAACUAAUGUCAGAGUGCGAGAAUCUGACGCUGGCGGUUUACGAUGCGGCGACGUCACUACACGAAUGUUCCACGUCCAUCAAACGGUCGCUGCUGCUGCUCAUGCUGAGAUCUCAGCGGCCGCUGUGCAUCAGUGCUGCAGGAUUCUUCCCUCUCUCCAGGGAGUCCUUCGUGGCGAUCCUAAACCUCUCUUACUCAUUCUUCGCCAUUCUUCGAAAUUUCAAGGAGGAUUAAAAUGGAUGGACC